GACUGAUAGUCGCUGACAUAUUCAGUUAUAGAGGCAGCAGCGUCGCGCGCGUGUGUUUUAUAUAAUUUUUUUAAUUAACCGAAUUUGAUAACAGUUUAACAUAUACAUCUUCUAUUAAAUUUUAAAACAGAAUUAUUAAUAAUCGAGGAUGUUGGCGGCGACGCUUACAACGUUGACGCCGCGGAUGCGGUUCAACUUCUCCAAGCCUAACAUAGAGAAUAUAGUAUUCAAGAUGCACUAUAAGGCGACGGUGACCCUUCUUCUAGCUUUCGUGAUCCUCGUCUGCGCGAGGGAGUACUUCGGAGAGCAUAUCAAGUGUAUAUCAGAUCAGGGUGUGCCAGAUCAUGUUAUUCAGACGUACUGCUUCUUUAUGGCUACGUUUACUAUCGUCCGACAUUACAACGAGAGCCUGCUGCAGCACGGCUUCCUGCCCCAUCCUGGGGUAGGGCCACUCAUGGAAACGGACAAGACGCUGCACCAUACAUACUACCAAUGGGUGCCGUUCGUGCUGUUCAUACAAUCAAUAUGCUUCUACAUGCCGCAUUAUAUUUGGAAGAAGAAAGAAGGUGGUCGUGUAAAGGCGCUGGUGGACGGGCUGCAGUACGCAGGACUGGCGCUGCACGCCGAGGAUAUGAAGGUGGGAGGCACCACCGUGCCCUCGCGCACAACCAUCGAUAAUCAGAUCAACCUAAUCAGAAAAGAUAUCAUAAUGAGGUUACGCGUGACACGAACGUGGUCGACGUGGCUGGUGACGAUGGAGGUAGUAAACCUGGUGCAUCUGAUGGUGCAGAUCUGGCUCAUCGACGUUUUCCUCAACGGUCAGUUCAUCAGUCUCGGAUCUAACGUCCUCUCUUACGGCGACUGGGAACAAAUUACAGAUCCUUUAGAGACGAUAUUCCCAAAGGUGACAAAGUGCCUGUUCCACAAGUAUGGUCCGAGUGGCUCAAUCCAGCAGCACGACGCGCUCUGCGUCAUGGCGCUCAACAUCAUCCACGAAAAGAUAUAUACGAUCCUUUGGUUCUGGUUCCUCUUUCUGUUCAUCGCCUCCUUACUGGCUGUGAUCUGGCGCGUGAUAUCGUUCUUCAUGUACCGUCGCUCGCUGAAGUUCAACCAGCUGGUGUUCAGGCAGGUGUCCCCGGGCAAGUUUGAUCCGCACAACGUGCUGCACGUCGUCAAUGGUUGCCAGUUCGGUGACUGGCUCUUCCUUUACUACCUCGCUAAGAACAUGAAGACCUCUGUAUUCCAACAACUUUACGCCCGCGUGGCUGAAGAGUUAGAGAAACGAGAGCUGCCAAUGGACCAGGAUGGUUAUGAGGAAAAGGGUGCUGAACCCAUACUCCUUGGAAAAGUCGAUUACGCUGAUGAGACUAUGCCGCUGAAGCCUGAGAAGAAAGCUUCAUAGUGAGGAGAAGUAGGUAGAGAUUUUGGACUGUGAUUUAUCUAGUAUUAAGUUGUGCUCAAAUUAAAUGAGAUUUAAUACGUCACUACACUUAGAUGUGUGAAGAUGCAUUGUAUGCAUAAAAAUAUUUAAUUAUAAUGACUUCACCAGUUUGAAAAUAUAUUAAUUGUAUUGUAACUUGACUUUUUUUAAUGUUACAACGUUUUUCGAUUGUUAAUUUAAUGGAAGAAUUUGAGAUUGGUGAUAAAUAAGGAUUGUGACCUUAUCUAUGGUCGUUUAUCAAAGUAUUAAUUCUGCCAUAUUGAUAUGGUAAUGAUGUAAGUGUUUAGAGUCGAAUUUAAUAAUUGAAGCGAUCCAAAAGGAAG